CCGCCUCCGCGCAGCUCUCCUAGGCCGCCAGGCGCCCUGUUUACCCGUGGUGCAUGUUGGGGAGGUCUCCUCCGGCAACACUGACUUCCAGCUGCCCGUGGCUAUGCCCAGAGGGCGCGAUGGCCUCGGUGGCGGUGGCGGCGUGCAGCAGGCCCCUGCCAAGACCUCGCCCCUGGCGAGCCCCGACUACUACGCGAGAGUGGGCCAGCUCCAGCAGGCGCUGCGGGACAGUGAAAAGAAGAGAUUGGACCUGGAAGACAAACUUUAUGAAUAUAAUAAGUCUGAUAAGUGCAGAGUCAAGCUGAAAUGUGCAAAACUAAAGAAAUACCUGAAGGAAAUAUGUGAAUCUGAAAGGAGGGCUCAUAUUCGAAACCAAGGAUAUUUAAAGCAAUUUGAGCUUGUUCAAACUCAUGUUGAACACUUUGCCACAAAUAUAGAGAAACUUCAAAAACUGAAGACUGAAUAUGAGACUGGAAUUAAGAUGACACAUCUACUCUCAAAGGCUAGCCUGGGAAUGAAAGAUGAACUGAAAAAUGAAGACAGAGAAAAGGUUGCAGUGCAGGCAGGAAGUACCUCAGGGACAAUCAUGUCAAGAGGAUUGUAUCAACCAGCAACAAUCUUUAUGGACCACCAAAUGUCAGCCAUCUCAAGCAUUGAAGAUUUCAGUACAGAGCAGAAAGCUCCCCAACCCACAAAGAACUUUUCAAUUCCUGACCCACGUUCACACCAACAGACAGCCCAGAGCAUCAAUGUGACAGACAGCUAUGUAGUACAAACUAAUAGUGACACACAGUGCUUAAAUAAGACUGACAAAAUAGAUGGAAAGACAUUUCUUCAGAUUGGUGAGAAAACGCCAGUCACAACUAGUGUGUUGUCUGAGAAAGAACAAACUCAUUGCUUGGAGAUAGAAAGCAACACACAUCACAGAAAGAGUAAUUUAUCUGAAGGCAAAAAGUCUGCUGAACUCCAUUCCUCGUUACAGGAAAGAUUAAGUCCAGAGAACAGAACCACUGAUUUAAAGUGUGACAGUUCCAGCAGAUCAGAGGGAUCAGACAGAGAAAUCCUGACACAAGAACAUAUUGAAGUCAAGGAAGAAAGAGCCAGCCCGCCAGUCUCUACGAUAUCAGUUUCAGAACACUGUGCAUCUGAAAAUAAGUGGUCUCGAGAGAAGCAUUCUGCUUGGCAAGGUUUCUCAGAUGAUCUCAGCCAUGGGGACCCAGGGUCACAAAAGCCCUUCCUAAAAAUGCAAGACAAGCAGGAAGAAGCAAGUUCAUGCAGCAGCAGUGACCUCACAGUCUCUGUCAGUGAAGAUGAUCUGAUUUUAGAGAAUUUGGAUAUACUGCCAAACCCAGUGGCCAAGAUGGAGGGUGAAGAUGGAAUUCAGGCCUCAAGAUCUAUCCACACUGGGCAACAGACAGAUGUCCUGCUCACUGAUUAUGUUUUGCAAACCCAAAGCUUUCCUGAUUCAAAAAGGAAGUCCACCACUGACUCACCAAGACAAUCUGAACAAGUACCAGAUUGGGGCUUAGUGAGGACACAAUGCCAGUAUGUGAAAGAGCAUGAUAGUUCCCUAAAGGAAGAGGCAACAGGAUUAUUGAAAAAAGCCCUUAUAGAAGAGUGUGACCAUAGGUCGGCUAUUCACAGUAAUGAAUCAUCUUGCAGCUUGCCAUCUAUUCUGAAUGACAAUAGUGGAAUAAAGGAAGCAAAACCCGCUCUGCGACUCAACAGUGUUCUUACAAGGGAACAAGAAGUUUCAAGUGGCUGCAGAGAUGAGAGCAAGGAAGACAGCAUGGCUACAGCAACCCCAGUCACAGGACACCAAGAGGCCGAUAUAGUACCCUCAGAAAUGUUUCAGUUCAGCUUGGGAGCAGCCAUGAAAGAAACAAAAGCCUACCAGUUGCUGAAGAAGUCUACCCUUCAGGAUAAUUCAAACCAAACUGAAGAGACAUUUCAAAGUGAAUUUUCAAGUUUGAAUAUUGGCAACAUCACAUUCAAGACAAAGACAGACCACAGAAUUGCUUCGGAGGCUAGUUUUUCAUCUAGUGAAGGAAGUCCUUUGUCAAGGCCUGAAAGCAAAAAGAACCCAAUAACCAACUUAAAGUCAAAUGCCUACUGGGGGGAGUCUGAAGACAGUAACUCAGAAAUCGAAGCUGCUCUACGACCCAAAAACCACAACACAUCCACCGAUGACUUUGAUGAUUUUUAUGACACAUAAGUUAUAGCAUUUGCUGGGAAUAAAGUCUUUAAACAAACUGACAUUGUGUUUACAUG